GGUGAGGGGUGCGGCCGGGCUGUGGGAGCUGCACCGCCACUGGGUGCGAGUGGCAAGGCCUCUUCCACCUUCUCCUCCACGUGUGUUUCGUUUAUCCCCGGCAAAGACACAUCAGAGCAGCAGUUUUAAAGUUUUAGAUCUCAUUCCAAUAAAACACACAUUGGACAUUUCCGCCUCCUCCUCUUAAGCAGACAUUUGCCUGGAUAAAGACAAGUGCAAACAGAAAAUCAUGAACCUGCAAGGGGAAACAACCUAUAGCUACUACCUAACACCAACUGUAUCCAAGAUGCUGUACAGAAGGGACAUGAUUUCUACCUGGAGGCCUCUACAAUAGACCAACAAAAUGAGAAUUGUGGGGAAUGUCAGAAGAAAAUUGUGAUAGUUAAACAGAAGGGAAACCAGGAAACCAGUGGCACAGGGGAAAGAGAUUUGCACCAGGAUGAUAUCAUCUAUAGAAGGAGAAGAACACAACGCAGUGCCAUGAGCUGCAGUGGGAGUUGCUAUUGGCCCAAGUCAGAAGAUGGACUAAUCAAUAUUCCAGUUAAUAUCUCUACAGAGUUUUCGGUGGAGGAGAGGGCUGCGAUAGAUGAAGCUAUGCAAGAAUUUAUGGCACUGACAUGCAUCCGAUUUAUCAGUCGCACAACAGAACAUGACUAUCUGGAUAUUUCUGCUGCAAAUAAAUGCUUCUCUUAUAUCGGGAAGAUUGGGGGCAGACAGCAAGUGGGCUUGGUGAAAUAUGGCUGCACAUAUAAAGGAGCGAUUCAGCAUGAGCUCAGCCAUGCACUGGGUUUCAUACAUGAACAGGUCCGGAGUGAUCGAGACAAGCAUGUUAAAAUCAACUGGGAGUAUGUUGCAGCAGGGGAACAUGGAAACUUUAAGAAAGUGACUUCCAACAAUCUGGACCUUCCAUAUGACUAUGCUUCAGUGAUGCACUAUGGCAUAUAUGACUUUUCCUAUUACUCUGGGAAAGCAACAAUUGUUCCCAUCCGUAAUACAUCUAUACCAAUUGGUCAAAGAGAAGGCCUGAGCAAUCUAGAUGUGAAAAAAAUCAACAAGCUCUACAGCUGCAACUACUGUAGCACUGUGCUACCUAGCUCAAGUGGCAAUUUCUCCUCUGACAACUAUCCAUCUUCAUACCCCAGCAAUGUCCGGUGUCUGUGGCUGAUUCGGAUCCCGCUGGAAAAGGUAAAGGUCUUCCUGAAAUUUCAAGAUUUUGAUCUCCAGUACUCCCCAAACUGUGCCUCUGACUACAUCCGAAUAUAUGAUGGAAUCGACAGAAAUUCCUCUGUUCUUGUGGACAGGUUCUGUGGAGCAGGGCAAUUGCCUGCAGUGGUGGCUUCUGGAAACAUGAUGCUUGUGGAGUUUGUGAGCAAUAAGGAAGCUACAGUAGCAAAAGGUUUCACAGCCUCCUAUACACAUGUAACAUGUGGAAGAACUUUCACAGCUGCUUCUGGAACAAUCACUUCUCCAAACUUCCCAGGAAAAUAUCCUAAAAACCUAGCUUGUGUAUGGAUUAUCAGUGCUCCAGUAGGAAGCAGGAUAUCCUUAACAAUGUCCUCCUUUGAACUGGAGGAUAUUAAUGGCUGCAAAUAUGACAGACUUAUCAUUCGUGAUGGUGGACAAAUUGGUUCUCAAGUUCUUGGUCCUUACUGUGGAAAAAUGAAGGUCCCAGCAUUCAAGUCUACUGGAAGCUUUCUACAAAUAGAAUUUCAUACUGACAUUGCCUUUCAUUAUUCUGGAUUCAAGCUGGAAUACUCGAUUAUUUCGCCAUCAUGAGGAACAGCCUAGAAAAGAAGUGCCUUCAUCCUAACUGCCAACAAGAAAGAGAAAUGAACUUCUUCUGGUGCUUGUUUGUUUUUGCCCAUUUUGCAUUGUGCUUCUCUCUCUCUCUCUCUCUCCCCGCCCCUCUCUCCCACUAUCGAUAUUCAUUAUAUUAUAUUAAUCCAGUGUUACUAGUUUAAGCACAUUAUGUCCAAGACAGAACUCAUCUUACCUCUCAAGUCGUCCUCUUCUUGUACUCUUUCCUCAUAUAUCUUCUUCAGCCAUCUUUUAGCCUGGCUUUUAAUGAUAUAUAGUUUUAAUUUUAAUUUUAAUCUGGUUUAAAUGUUUUGUUUUUAUUUUAAUUGUUUUAUUAUGUGUUUCUAUUUUUAAUGUAAACCACCCUCAGCCACUUCAGGAAGGGUGGUAUAUGAACUGAAUGAAUGAAUGAAUGAAUGACUAAAUAAAUAAAUAAACUUG